AGAGCAUUAGACAGGGCAGAUAGGGGUGUAUUGGACAGGUCACAUGUCUGUCAGGUUGUUCAAUAUGUUAGAGGUUUAAUUUUUGUUUCGCGAGCGGAUUAUGAAUUCAUGCUAUGAGCAGGUGGAAUGGACAACCCCGACUGUCCGGAUACAAAUCCUUCUCUCUCAGACGAGUGCUCUCUUAUCGAAGGUGUCAGUGACCCGGUGCUGUUCGUGGUCGUCCUGUCUGUGACCUUCCUGGCAGGUCUCGCCACACUGCUCUGCAGGAAUGAGCAGCAGAGGAUCCACCCGGAGAAUCAGGAGCACGUCCGAGCGGUUCGUCAGCAGCUACAAACAGAGCAGGAAGCAGCAGCACCACCAACGCCAAGGCAUCAGUUUUACUCAGACAUGUCGUGUCCAGUGUGCCUCCAGCAGGCCAUCCUCCCCGUCGAGACUAACUGCGGUCAUCUCUUCUGCGGUUCCUGUAUUAUCGCGUACUGGCGCUACGGCACGUGGCUCGGAGCCAUAAGCUGUCCCAUCUGCAGACAAAUAGUGACCCUGCUGUUCCCGCUUUUCCGCGCCACGGAUCAGCGCGCUCGGACACAAGACGGGCAGCCGGAUCCGAACGUCAUCCUCGAUGACGUCAACGAUUACAACCGCAGGUUCUCAGGACAGCCCAGAUCUAUCCUGGACCGUUUGCGUGACGUCCCCACUCUCCUCCGCCACGCCUUCAGGGAGAUGUUCUCGGUCGGCGGACUCUUCUGGAUGUUCCGCAUCCGGAUCCUGCUGUGCCUGGUCGGGGCGCUGACCUACCUGGCAUCUCCGCUCGACUUCAUCCCCGAGGCUCUGUUCGGUCUGCUCGGCUUCAUGGACGACUUCUUCGUCAUCCUCCUCCUCUUCAUCUACAUCUCGAUCAUGUACAGGGAGGUGGUGACGCAGAGGCUAGUGGGCUGAGCGCCACAAAACAGCGGGGAUCAGUUCCUAAGGGUUUACAAGUUUUAGCAUUGAGCGUGUGUGUGUGUGUGUGUGUGUGUGUGUAUGGUAUAAUAUUUUGCUAUAAUAUAAUAGUUAGCUUCUGUUCUUGUAAUAUAAAAUACAUACUGCGCGUAGGAGGUUUAGUUUUGUUUGUGUUUUGUUUGUUUUUUCAAUAGGAAUGAUUGUAAUUGACUGGCUUGAGUGACCAAAUGAAAAAAAGUUAGCCAAACUACAUUUGGCGUCACUGAAUAUAUAGCUCGAAAGUUAAUCUAGCGUUUGCCAGAUCACUAAUUCAAAUCAUUUUUUUUUUUACUUUUGACUUGUGUUAUAGUUUCUAUUUAUUGAUCCAAGGUAUAAAUAAAUACCCCCCUGCUCAAUGUUAAGUUGCCUCCCUCCUGUGCUAGUCACAGUAACUCUAACGUAAAUGGCUCUCACAACAUGCUGCUUUUAAUACGACUAGAAAUCGUUCACGUCUUCAUUUCAGCCUGUAAUCUUUAGACGUAUUGUACAGAGAGAGUUAAAAUCUUUUGAAAGAUUUGCCUAUUAAGAAAGUGCGGCAGAAGAAGAACAGCUGUAUUGUCGUUGGGGGCGGGGCCUAAUUCAGGGCCAGAGUAAUGGAAAUAUUAAAUUAUAAGAUGCUGUGUAGUGUAUAGAAAUGUUGCUCAGCUAUUUCAUUUUUUAAGCUUUUAAUGCACAUGGACUCCUUAAAGGCAGGUUCAAAGUAGAUGAGGUUUUCAAGUAGAAAACAUAAACAUUGCAAAUAUUUUUAAAAUAACAAGGAUUAAAGCAGCUUAAAGAGCUCUUAUUAUUUGCAUUUUUCAAUUAGCUUAGUCAGAAUCACGCUGAGUGAGGUGUGAGGUGAGGUGACGUGGAAAUAAAGUGUUAAUGAGCACGAGGAUGCUGUCACUGCUCAACUAAUCUCUCCAUAAAAUGAUUCGGAAGGUAUCACUGAAAUGUGCGACAGUUAAAUAGAUACAGUUUUGAGAAUUGUUAUUUCUUUCAAGCCCUGUAGAGGGAGCCCUUAUAGCUUAUAUAUACACCGUGUAUCAUUCAAGAAUUGACCACAGCCUGCAUUUAUUUAAAACUAAAUAAAUUCAGAUUUAGUGAUUUAAUGAUUAAUUCAGAUAAAGAAAAAGUUUUAAUAAUUACAAACUACCACUUUAAUGACUGAACAGGUAAUCUUAAUCAAUCAGUAACAGUGAUUUAUUUCUUUUAUUAUUAUAAUUAUUAUUAUUAUCAUCUCUAUUGUAUACUCUUAAAAGACAGAGGCCGGGUAGCUCAGUGGUUAAUGCAUUGGACUACUGAUCAUAAGGUCUCAAGUUUAAACCCCAGAACCACUAAGUUUCCAUGUUCGGCCCCUCGAGCAAAGCACUAAUCCCUCAACAGCUCGGAUGUGUAAUGAGAUGUCAGUAGCUCUGUAGAAGAGCGUCUGCGAAAUGCCAUGAAUGUAAAAGCAACCUUAAACCAGUCAUAAUUAUUUCUGAAAACAUUUCAGUAACUAAACCUGUGUGUAGCAUUUUGCUUUUUUUUUUAGGUUUCUAUUAUAAUUAUUAGAUGGAUAAAGCUAUUUAAAAAAAACACACACACAAAUUACAUGGAUUUACACAUUACAUUUCAUCCAUUUUUACUUCAUUCUGUGUGCUAUAUUUUUCUCCAUCAUGAUAUUAAGCUGUACAGUGGCACAUCAUUGUUUUUUAAAUAACAAACUUUUAACAUAAAACAUUUUUUUUUCAGGAACAAGAUUAUUUUGAUCCAUGAUUUAUGGACCACCUGCUUCAUGUCUAUAACGCUGGCCUGCCAGGAACUCCUUUAAUGGAAGGAAUUACCAGGACAACACAUUCUUACUGUAACUCGGGAGUUAUCGCCGCAUCCUCCGUACAGUUCUAAUCUCGCUCCAAGUCAUUUAAUGGCCCAAACAUGUGAAAAGGAGUUCCUGGAAGGCCAGGUUUUCAGAUAUGUAACAGGCAGUCUGAUCAUAAAGAAAACAUUCAACUUGAUGGUUUACAAGCGCUAGUAAAACACUGAUAACAUAGAGAUAAGUAUCAGGGGACUAUAUGGAGGAAUAAGGGGAGUUUUUUUACUUUCUUAAUUAUAUUGUUAUUAAGCAUCAAAAGUUCUGGUUUGACUUUUUUAAAUCAACCAUAACAUCAGGAGUUAAGUAUAUAUUUUACUUGUCCUAUAAAAAAGGUCCUGCGAAUCAACUUUGUUAAAGAUUUAUUAAUUUUAUGUCUGGAAGAGGUUAUGAAUGAUUAUGUAGCCUUAGAGACACUAAAGUCUUCCAGCAACAAAACUUUAUCAUGUUUAUUUUUGUAAAUGAAAGGAUAAUCCAAGAUCAAUUCCAAAUAUUACAACAGAAUUAAUUUCAUGUUCACUAAA